UCAGCAUUUCCAGAUAAGCAGACUGCCAUUGUGAAUAACACCAAACAAUCUGUGAAUGGCUUGUGAAGAUUGUUGUAAUAGAGACUGAACGCAGAAUGUCUUCCCUGAUCCGGUCAUUCCAGCGAUGAUAGAGGUGAAAGGAUGUUGAAAUCGAAAGUGUAGACAUUUCUGUGUAAAACCACCUCAUUUCUGUUGUUUCACUAGCACUACCACCCUCUCGCAUUUCUAUUGUUCUCUCAGAAUCACCAACAUCUCCAAAUUUCGUUUGUUUCACAACCUCCACCACCAUUACACUUCUAUAAUAGAAGAUAAAAUUUUGAAAUAAUCCCAUUAUGCAGGUAUGUCUUGCGUUGUGAAGGACAACUUUGGCUUUCUUAAACUGUUGGCUGACUGUCCUUCUCACCUUCUCGUAAGGACUGCCACUCCACAACAAAUACACUCAUUGGUUCAAGUUCUACAUAAUGUACUCAGCAAGUUUAUUCCUAUUCCCGAAGAAAAUAGGAGAAAAUUGCCUACGUGUAACGAAAGACUAACUUAUCUCGCUUCACCAGAUGUUCCUUAUAAAACAAAGAAGCGCAUCCUGGUGCAAGAGGGUGAUGGCGUUGUUCAAGACUUAUUGGUCCCUGUUAUUACAACCUUAGGGUUAAUGAUGCUUUAAAAUAGACAGCUCAUCAUUACUUGUAAUCAUUUCAAACUUCCACCUGUCGUGAUCAAAAUGAAGAGAAACAUAGACUUGUUCGAAAGGGGCUUGAGAGCGAAAAUGAGGAAAGCAGAAGUUCUGAAAGUGAACUGAGUGAAAGUGAAGAGCCAAGAAUGAAAUUUGUUUUAAACAAUCUUUCCGAAGCGGUGUCUAAGAAGCGAGCUUCUGAUUUGUUGCAUAGUAUGGCCACAUCCAGAGAUAUUCUGUUUUGGACUUCCCGCGGAAAGCUGCUUCGAAAUAAUCGCAUAAUACUGGUCACAAACAUCGCCCAGCUAGUUGAAUAUGUACAUGUAUUCCUUCCUUACAAUGAACAAGUGACCAAACCUUGUGCACUUGAUACGUUCCUUGAUGGACAGGCGGAGUUAGGAAUCGAUAAGCGCUUAAUCAGGAACAAAAAGCUUUUAUUCGACUUGAUAGAAAAGGAAAAGAGUUACGGCGAUAAAGAGAGUGAUACUGAGGAAGCUUUAUCUGACGACGAGGGAGAAGAGGAUGAAACAGCUUCUGAAAAUAGUAGUGAAGAAGAGGGCAGUAAAGAGGAAGAGGGUGUCAAAGACAUAAUUGAAAACGAAAGCGAGGAAACAGAAAGUAGUGAUUCUGAAAACUCAGUAUAAAUAUGAAAAUCCCUGCUGUUAUUGUGAAAAUUUUAAUUCGUACAAUACAUUGAUCAUGAGAUGCCCAGAAUGCUUUUGGUACGAUAACUGCAGUAUUUCUCCUAUAUGCAAUUACCAGACCCCUCUAAAGAGGAAAUAUAUAAAAGAGGGCCUCACCCACUGUCACGAUUGUGAUUUGAUCAAAUACCGCAACCUGAAGACGUCUAAAACCAUUUCUUGUUCUAAUGAAACAAGGAGUCAAGAAGAGGACUAAAUUUUGAUCAUUUGAAAUAAUGGUUUAUUUUCCUCUUUUUUGUAAUUGGUUUACAGUAAAAGGCAAUAAAGUUCAGUUUAUAUCUCCCAAGAAACGUGUCUCAAUGGUUAUUAGUAAACAUUCAUUUUUUCGCGUGAACGACAACACGACUUCUCUUGUAAUGCCUUCGGGCAGGUUUGUGGAGAGUAUAAACAUCCUGUUGAUUCAGCGAAUGUUGAUCGUCCUUUCGUUAAAUGUCAGUUUCUCCCUGUUCUUUAAUCGUUCUAUACACAGCAUCUACACCACUGAAACGUGCAGGGUGACUUGGGUCGAGGUAAACGCUGGCUAGUUUUUUUCUCCAUCACAAAACUCUGAGUUUUGUACAAUUACUUUACCACCACAGCAAGCUAGCACACAGCAAAUGCGGUUGAAAAUUCGUUCAAAUCCAAAAGUGGAAGAUGGUGGACAAUAACCCAUCGCUCUAAUCACUUCGAAAUGCUCGAGUCUUAAUGGUGUUACUACCUACGUCGUCGUCUUAUAUAACUGCUCUCAGAUCUGAUAUAAAGUGGGAUGAAUAACAGCAUAUAAUUGUCCUCAUUCCUCCUCCGUCAGCUCCAGAUCCUCUGCAAAUUUCAAGAACACCAAGAGUCUCCCCAAAUUAACUUUUAGAAAUACCUCAGAAUGGAGUUCUUUCAGGUUGGAAAUUGUUGACGCUGGGAGGUCGCAAAAUGUUUUCUUGAGAGACAUUAUUUCUUUUGAGAGGGGAACUGUUGUCUUCGCUAUCAUACGAUAAUGAUUAAGCGGUAUUCUAAUGAAAGAAAGAAUAAUACCCAUUUUCGUUUUGGAUUAAAAUAAUAAUAAUAAUGAUAAUGAUAUCUCCAUUUACAUGGUCUUAACAAGAUAAAAAUAAACAAUGAUAUCAUAGACUAUAGAAAAUAGCUGAUCAUGUCAAAAAACCCUUUCUACUUUAAGCUGAUGAUGUCAUCUCACCAGUUACCAUAUUAAAUGAUUACUUUAGAUGAUGAUCUCAUAGUUUUUUUGAUGAUGUCAACUCCCUAGAUUCUGAUGCAGAAUACCUUUCUAUUUUUAGCUGAUAAUCUCAUUAUUUUAAUUCCCUGAGCUAUUGUGACGUCAACUCCACCACCUCCACCACUGCGUCGAACCUCUCGUCUACUUUUACUUGUGAGUAUCUUCCUUAUCACGCCCUCACUCAUCUCUGGAUAUCUGUUACGUUACGCUUACACUCAUCUCUGAGUCUCUUCCUUAUCACGCAUAACUUGCUCUGUAAAUUACAAUCCGGUUUUAGAAGAGUGCACCCAAUUGAGACGGCCGUAACCUAUUUCACCGAAGAGAUUCUCAUGAAUAUGGAUAAGGGCUUAAUCACUGGUUCUGUGCUUUUGACCUGGCAAAGGCUUUCGACACAGUUGACCAUGACAUUUUGCUUAGCAAAUUAGAGUAUUAUGGUGUAUGCGAUGAAAGCCUUCCAUGGUUUAACAACUACUUCUCGGGAAGAAACCAGGUCGUGCACAUUGAUUCUCAGUCAUCUGAAGAGCUUGCAGUAACGUUUGGAGUGCCGCAGGGGUCCAUCCUUGGACCCCUUUUAUUCAUUGUCUACGUUUAAAAUGACUUAAAUAUGUAGCAGUACGCUGACGACACAGUUUUAUAUCUUGCUGGUCCAACUGUACACAAUUUAAUUUUUUACAUUAACCAAGAUCUUAAGUGUUUAUCUGCCAGUGAAUGGCUAGAAGACAAUAAUCUUGUUCUCAGUGUUUCAGAAACUACGUUUGUACUAUUUACAUCUCAAAGGCAUAAAGAGCACGAUUGCAGUUUAAAUCUUAAUCUUCUCCGUCCAUAUCUUGCGAAACUACUUUUAAAUACCUAGGCGUGGUGUUCGACAACUUUAUGAUUUUGAAGGCUUACGCGGACUGUUUGUGGAAAAAGGUGGCGUUAAGAGAUAGUAUCCUGGGCCGUGUUAGAAGUUUCGUCAAAAAAGAGGCAGCAACACUUGUUCACAACGCUUUAAUUCUUCCAUUAUUUGAUUACUGUGACAUUGCCUGGAGUAACCUUCUACAGCAAGAUAUAGAUCGACUACAGCGCCUACAGAAUAGAUCUGCACGGAUUAUCACACGUUGCUCUCGCUCAUCUGAAGCAAUAGAGCAGCUGCGCAGGCCGACUCUUUCUAGCAGACGCUCUUAUCACAUGGCUAAACUCGUUUUUCUCUGUCUUCAUUCAUUAGUUCCUAGUUAUUUUUCAUUACAUUUUACUAGAUUUUCAAACAUUCACAAUUGUUCCACAAGGCAAAGUAUGAGGCUAUCCCUACCAAACGUUAAACAGAAUUUUGGGAAGAGGACCUUUCUUUUUACUGGCGCAAAAGUUUUUAACAAAUUCGCUUUAAACAUUGUAAGAGUGCAAACAUUCAGACGUUCUGCCGCCGAGCAAGACAUUUCUUUUUAUCACAACUUUGAUAUUUUAUUAUAUGUUAGGCUUUAAAUGUGAUUUUGCAUUGUAUUUUUCGGCUUGUUAAUGUAGUUCUUAAAACCUUUUAUUAUAUUUUCAUUAGGCUCUUUAAAUGUAAUAGUUUAUGGUAAUUCUUAAUUUAAACCAAUUUUUUAAGAUACAGGGCCCCUAUGGAGACCAGCCUUGGAGCUGAAUGGGCUACCCUGUGUAAAUAAAGUUUUCUUUACUUUACUUUACUUUAUCACUCCUUCUCUCAUCUCUGGAUAUCUCCUACAUUACGCUUACACUCAUCUCUGAGUAUCUUCAUUAUCACGCCUUGACUUUUUUGUUUAUUCUACAGUAUUGUUCAAACAGAUGAAAGUAUUGUCCCUAUACUGUCCCUGGACAACGCUUCUCAGACAGACAAAGAAUUAAACAGGUAAUAUACAUUGUACAAUAAAACUGGUUAAAUUGCCACUUGAUAAUCGACGGUUAAUCGACGGUGAAUCCACUGUUAGUAAACAUAUUAGGUCUACAUAAUAAACCGUCAGUUAUAUAAAAAAAGAAUUUUCUAGGUUGCCGUGCUACAGAUGACAUAAAAACAUAAAUGUGCUAGAAUUAAGUGAUUCAUUCACUUUGGAAGUUUUGGCGGUUUUUCGGACCCGCCUCUUUCACUGGCUGAUCUUUCCCAAUUAUUCACGUGGGUUUGCUGGGUUGGCUCGAUCGGUCAAAUGAUUUUUGAUAAUAUUAAUAAUUCGGGUGUCUUAACCUUUUUACUCUCAAGAGUGCUCAAAACUUCAACCUCGAGUAAACUCCAAGAGUCAUCUUUCAAGGUGAAGAAAAUUAAAUGGUAUCCCGCUAUAGUUCUGCGAAGAUUGUUUCAGAUGGGUGGCAAUACUCUAUGAUUUAUUUCACCAAUUAUACCGUGUUAGCCAACUAUUCAAAAUAUUUCCUGUUGAAGUAAUGGACGGCAUUUGGCAGAUACAUUGAAACAUUAGCGAACGUCAGUUUCGCAAUUCGAUAUUUUGUGUUAACCCUGUUUAAACGGUAAUGGGUUCAUGAUAACCGUCACGAAUAUAGAGACAUUUAGUGACCACUUUGCCCACUGUGAGAAUGUUAAUGUAAUUGCUGUAGUUGCUGUAGUUAGCGUAGUUGGUGUAGUUGGUGUAGUUAGUGUAGUUGGUGUAGUUGGUGUAGUUGAUGUAGUUGCUGUAGUUGAUGUAGUUGCUGUAGUUGCUGUAGUUGGUGUAGUUAGUGUAGUAGCUGUAGGUGGUGUAGUAGCUGUAGUUGGUGUAGUUGCUGUAGUUAGUGUAGUUGGUGUAGUUAGUGUAGUUGCAGUAAUUGGUGUAGUUGCUAUAGUUGGUGUAGUUAGUUUAGUUGGUGUACUUGAUGUAGUUGCUGUAGUUGCUGUAGUUGGUGUAGUAGCUGUAGUUGGUGUAGUUAGUGUCGUUGGUGUAGUUGGUGUAGUUAGUGUAGUAGCUGUAGUUGGUGUAGUAGCUGUAGGUGGUGUAGUAGCUGUAGUUGGUGUAGUUGCUGUAGUUAGUGUAGUUGGUGUAGUUAGUGUAGUUGCUGUAGUUUGUGUAGUAGCUGUAGUUGGUGUAGUUGCUGUAGUUGCUGUAGUUGGUGUAGUAGCUGUAGUUGGUGUAGUAGCUGUAGUUGGUGUAGUUGCUGUAGUUAGUGUAGUUAGUGUAGUUGGUGUACUUGAUGUAGUUGCUGUAGUUGCUGUAGUUGGUGUAGUAGCUGUAGUUGAUGUAGUAGCUGUAGUUGGUGUAGUAGCUGUAGUUGGUGUAGUUGCUGUAGUUAGUGUAGUUGGUGUAGUUAGUGUAGUUGCUGUAAUUUGUGUAGUAGCUGUAGUUGGUGUAGUUGCUGUAGUUGCUGUAGUUGGUGUAGUAGCUGUAGUUGGUGUAGUAGCUGUAGUUGGUGUAGUUGCUGUAGUUAGUGUAGUUAGUGUAGUUGGUGUAGUUGAUGUAGUUGCUGUAGUUGCUGUAGUUGGUGUAGUAGCUGUAGUUGGUGUAGUUGGUGUUGUAGCUGUAGUUGGUGUAGUUGGUGUAGUUAGUGUAGUAGCUGUAGGUGGUGUAGUAGCUGUAGUUGGUGUAGUUGCUGUAGUUAGUUUUGUUUGGUGUAGUUAGUGUAGUAGCUGGAGUUGGUGUGGUAGCUGUAGUUGGUGUAGUUAGUGUAGUUGCUGUAGUUGGUGUAGUAGCUGUAGUUGCUGUAGUUGAUGUAGUUGCUGUAGUAGGUGUAGUAAGUGUAGUUGCUGUAGUUGGUGUAGUAGCUGUAGUUGGUGUAGUUGGUUUAGUUGCUGUGGUUGGUGUAGUUGGUGUAGUUAGUGUAGUUGGUGUAGUUGGUGUAGUUGCUGUAGUUGAUGUAGUUCCUGUAGUAGCUGUAGUUGGUGUAGUAGCUGUAGUUGGUGUAGUUAGUGUAGGUGGUGUAGUUAGUGUAGUUGCAGUAGUUGGUGUAGUUAGUGUAAUUGCUGUAGUUGGUCUAGUAGCUGUAGUUGCUGUAGUUGAUGUAGUUGCUGUAGUUGGUGUAGUUGAUGUAGUUGCUAUAGUUGGUGUAGUAGCUGUAGUUGGUGUAGUUAGUGAAGUUGCUGUAGUUGGUGUAGUAGCUGUAGUUGGUGGAGUUGGUGUAGUUAGUGUAGUUGGUGUAGUUAGUGUAGUUUGUGUAGUUGGUGUAGUAGCUAUAGCUGGUGUAGUUGCUGUAGUUGGUGUAGUUUGUGUAGUUGGUGUAGUUAGUUUAGUUGGUGUAGUUAGUGUAGUUUGUGUAGUUAGUGUAGUUGCUGUAGUUGGUGUAGUUGGUGUAGUUAGUGUAGUUUUGUGUAGUGGGUGUAGUUUGGUGUAGUUGGUGUAGGUUGGUGUAGUUUUGUGUAGUUUGGUGUAGUAGGUGUAGGUUGGUGUAGUUUAGUGUAGUUUUGUGUAGUUGGUGUAGUUUGGUGUAGUUUGGUGUAGUAGGUGUCUUUGGUGUAGUUUUGUGUAGUUGGUGUAGUUUUGUGUACAUGGUGUAGUUUGGUGUAGUUUGGUUUGGUAGGUGUUAUUUGGUUUAGUGUUGUGUAGUUGGUUUAGUUUGAUGUAGGUGGUGUAGUUUGGUGUAGUUUUGUGUAACAACUACACUAACUACACAAACUACACCAACUACAGCUGUUACACCAACUACAGCUACUACACCAGCUACAGCAACUACAGCAACUAUAGUAACUACAGCAACUACAGCAACUACACUAACUACACCAACUACAGCAACUACACUAACUACACCAACUACCGCUACUACACCAACUACAGCAACUACAGUAACUACACCAACUACAGCUACUACACCAACUACAGCUACUACACUAACUACACCAACUACACUAACUACACCAACUACACUAACUACACCAACUACAUUAACUACACCAACUACAGCUACUACACCAACUACACCUACUACACCAACUACACCAACUACACCAACUACACCAACUACAGCUGCUACACCAACUACACUAACGACACCAACUACAGCUACUACACUAACUACAGCUACUACACCGACUACUGCAACUACACUAACUACAGUAACUACACUAACUACAGCAACUACAGCAACUACAGCUACUACACCAACUACACCAACUACAGCUGCUACACCAACUACACUAACGACACUAACUACAGCUACUACACCAACUACAGCAACUACGCUAAGUACAGCAACUACAGCAAUUACAUUAACAUUCUCACAGUGGGCAAAGUGGUCACUAAAUGUCUUUAUAUUCGUGACGGUUAUCAUGAACCCAUUACCGUUUUAAACAAGCCAAUAUACACUGGCAGGGGGUGUUUGCGCGAACACAAUGUCAGCCUAUCUUGACGAAACCUUGCUUGGUUUACGAGACCGGUAGGUGUCAUGGACUCUUACUCUGUUUUUCUCGGUUUCAGUUUGGAUGUCCAAUACACCGCAGUUAUGGACGCUGAUCUAGAAAAUCAAAGACAAAACAUGUUUGUGAAAGCUGUGAAACUGCUGGCCAGAAAGCUGCGAGUGAAGAGAGAAAUUUCUUCUGAACAAGAAGGGAACGUAAGUUAGUCCUUCCAGUUUGUUCCAGUUUGCAUUUUAUUUGCCACACAAAUAAAUUAUUACAAUUUCAAAAAAGAUACAGAAAAGUAAUGGCGAGGAGGACUAAAGGAAACUAUAUAGCUUAUGUUAAUAGAGAGGAGAAGUCGUUACGUCAGGUUGCCAUAGCAGCAAAAUUUCUGGUUGACAAGAAACCGAAAACAUCACUUAAAAAAAGAAUUUGCACUGUGUCAAACUUCGAAGAUCUUAUUCAAUUUCAUUUAAUUUGUCGAAUGAUGGCGAAAACGUCUGGGGUCAAAUGCAAAAGGACCGUAUCUAAGUCUAGAAAAGGAUUUUUUUCUGCGUUGUGCUCGCCUUCUUCGUAAAUCGGGUGCGUGAAAUUAGGAAGUUUCACGUCGCAGUCGUGCAACGAUGGUUAAGAAACGUAUAAAAAAGCCGGAUGCACGUUCAGAGUUGUUGUUUUGCUGAUAUAAACCUAUUGCUUUUUCAGUUGUCUUUGCUGUCGCCGUAGUCGUUGCUUAAGCUCUCUAUUGUUGUGAUCCAGAAAUUUUGCUACCAUAGUAACGUGACGUCACACUUCUCCUCUCCAUUAGGCCUCCUCAAUAACAAAUUUUCAUAGAUGUCAUAAAAAUUACGACGACGGGUACAAUUAUUAUUUUCAAGAAAUUUAAGUAACAAUAUAAUAAGGAAGUUUACAAAUGUUAGAAUGUACUAUACACUUAAUGUCAGAUCCGGAGGGAAACAUCAGGACUCUAAGGAAAACAAAACUAACUGGUUUCCCGAGGGACCUGAAAUAAAUUGUUUUGUUAUAUUUCUAGAGUUUCACUUCAACAGCAACAAAAGAAUAACCGAAGCGAAUCGAAACAGUCGACUCGGUACUUGUAAGAACACAAAUAUAAUUCUCAAAACCACUGAAUGAAUGAUUUACCAAAUACUUUCCUUAUAUUAUCUACAUCUUUUUCCUCCACAAGUUGCUGGUUCUUUUCUGGGAUAACUUUGAAACUCGGUUGCUUUUAAGUUUUAGGCUUUAUGUUUGUGUUGUUGUGUUCAUUCCGGAAAGUGAAAACUGGCAGCGUUUUUCCCGCCUUGUGUCACUCCAUUUUCCACCAUGAUUUGAUCACGUGCGGUAUGUAAUGUAUCCCGAGGGGGGUAGAAUGCUUAAUUGUAUCACGAUAGGGAUACAUUUGAUUUUACUGAAGGUCAUGUGACCAAGAAUCAACCAAUGGCAGUCCCAGUUUAGUUGAGUGAAAGUCUAGGGAUAUAACAAUAAUAGUUAUUACAAAUGAAUGCCUCAAGUGCUCCUUUAAAGGAGAAAGGGGAGGAAGAGUUCACGAUGCCGGUGUUUGUUGUGUUAUAAAAUUUCGGUUUUUGAUGUAGAAGGAAAAUUGUUUGAUUUGAUUACGAAAGAAAGGCAAACGAAAUUUAUAAGACUUUACAAUGAAAUUUCAAAGGUUGCGUACCGUUUUGAUAGUAAUGUAUGAAUCAGCCUAGUUGUAUUAAGUAUAUAUCAGGAAAUUUUAAAAUACCAAGAUUUCUAAAAAUUGAGUCAGUGUGAGCAUCGAAAGGAGUUUCAGCUAUAGUUCUGAUCACUCGCUUCUAUAAAAUUUCAAGACGGAUAAGGUUAGUUAUAGCCUGAGAAAACAGUCGACAUUUGGCGACGCAACCACUGGUUUCCCCGCCAAAUGACUUCUGAGAAACGAGCGCAGCAGUAAAUUGUAAAUUGUAAAUUGUAAAUAUCUUAUUAUCCACUCCCCUCAGGGCUUUUCAGGGAUAAUUUACAACACUGUUUGGGGGACUUUGCCAGACUGCUUAAGGUGCAGUUUACAAGUAGUGAAGGAAUGAGUAAUGAUGCCCCCAUACAUGAGUGUGAAAGUGAGAUAGGCCACUACACCGGGCACUACGUGCCCUACUCUUUACGGAGAGUGUGUGGGUUCUUUAACGUCCCACAGUUUUAAUACAUGUGCAAGGGCUUGUGAGACGGGGCCUACGGUUUAUCGUCCUUAUCCGAGAAGACUAGAGAGUCUAGCCGUUUGCAGAUAUUAUUACAAAGGCAGCACUUUCUCCUCAGUUAUUUAAAGACCCUGAGUGUUGGUCCGGCCGGGGUUUGAACCCGCGACCUCCCGCUCAGUAGACCGGCGCUCUCCCAACUGAGCUAACCAGGCGGCGGUACCAUACUGAUAACGCGUCACUAUCCAGAUCUGGGCAGUGCUUCUGAUUGGUUGGGAAAUUUGAUUCAACCAAUCAGAUGCACUACCCAGAUCUGGCUAGUGACACGUCAUCAGUAUGGAAUUUCUGGGCUCGUUUCUCGGACGUCAUUUGGCGGGGAAACCAGUGGUAGCGUCGCCAAAUGUCGGCUGUUUUCUGAGGCUAAUAAGGUUAGUUCUGUAACUAGAUACCCAAACUAAGUUGCUGUAAAUAAGCGUGGAUAGACUAGAGAAAAAUACAAUGUUUGUAAAGUUUUUGUAGAUAAAUAGAAACUGGAUUUACGAAUAAUUCAUACGGAUUUAGAACUGAACUUUGUUGGUUGGCUACAUUGAGAGAUUUCAGACUUCCAUUUUAAAUUUUCAUCCAUGAUUACUCCCAAGAAAACUGUUUCUCAGUUACCUGGUCAAUUUUCUGGCCAUGUAUUAAAAGUUGAAUAUUAUGAUUUGUACGCUUUCGGCAUGGUUUAAAUACAAUAAAUUUAGUUGUUUCUUUUUUUCAGGUUUUAUGAAAGCCUAUUAACUCUAAACCAAAUUGACAAUUGGUGUAGCUCAGUGUUUAGUAUAUUACCCAAGCAGUAAAUCAGUCAGCACGCCUUUAUUUGAAGGCACGAGCCAAAUGGUGUUAUCGGGAAGAAUAAUUAGAACGGUAUUUUAAUUAAAGGAAAGACAUUAUAUUUAACAAACAGCCAUUAAUCAUAACAAAGAGCAUUGGUUGACUUUGUGUUGUUGACGUUUGGUGGUUCUCCAGUUUUGCUUAGAAAUCAAACAAGCAAUCGGAGCAGUAGCAUUUAAGAUGUCAGCGGAAUAUAAAAGAAAGUCAAUUGAACUUAGAAAGAAGCUACAAACGGAAGGGAAGGUAAAGUACUGAGUAUCAGCCAGGAUAUCCAGACAAGUUAAUUUUGGCAACACUAUAUAUAUAAAAAGAAAACAGAGCCACAGUGAAUUUCAAUGCACGUUUUCUCUGGCGGGUUGAGGAACUGCUAUAACUAACUUAUAUUUGACCACAGGUACCCCAAGCCCACGAGUGAGAAUCGUUGUUGCGUAACAGGUUAAGGGUUUGUAUGGGGAUUUAAGCGAUCGUUAUUUAGGGGUCAAAAAUGUAAUAAAAAUACAUCCAAGUUUCUUGCCUUGUCUUUUUGUCUAAAUUUAUGGUGUUUUCUUAGCAUUUUUGGCCGUUUCAGGGCGAUUCCAGCGAGUUUUAGUUCACCGUUGUUCGUUAUAUAGAAAUAUAACGAACAACGGCAAACGGCCAAAAGUACUAAGAAAACACCAUAAAUUAAGACAAGGAGACAAGGUAAGAAAUUCUGAUGUAUCUUUAUUACUAUUUUUGACCCCUAAAUAACGAUUGCUUUAAUCUCCAUAUGAACUCUUAUGAUAUUUCUGCUACGCAACAACGAUUCUCACUCGUCAGCUUGGGUUACGUGUGAUUUGACUGGUUACACUGACAGUAAAAAAACAGUUACCACUCAGGAGUUAAUUUUGAGGGAACAGUAAUACUAUUUUUGAAAUUUUUAAACUACAAAAGUAGUAUUAGUGUUUCUUAGUCAAGUUGGCAAAGCGAGACUUGCUUCAUCGGGUAAUAAUAAUAAUAAGCUUUAUUUAUCCAUCUUUAAAAAAAUAUAUACAAUGGAUUUACAUAAUUAAAGUGAAAAACAUAUACUAUGAAAUGCUAUUAAGCGACUAUGCUAAUACAAAAAGUAAGUAGAAAAUAUACAGAUCAUAAAAGGAGUCUUGCAGCUCUUGCUAUAAACGAAUUAGUAUCUGCGUUAUGCGGGUACGUCGUAAUUUUCAUUCUUUGAAUAACAUACAUACAUACACUGGUUUACAAGAAGCCAUUAAGACACCUGAAGGAGGAUCAUGAGGUUAUCCUAUAUUAAGAUCUCUCCUUACAGAUAACCCACCCAUCCCAGGAAAGGCUGGCCACUCCACCGGGGUCUACGUCCCCUACUCUUUUCGAACAGUGGUGUGGUUUCUUUUGCGCCUCCUUAGAACCAGAUAACUGAAAGUGCAGUGAGACGGGACCUGCGGUUUUUCGUCCUUGUGCGACAAGACUAGAAAGUCUAACCGUUUUUAGAUGUCAUUAUAAAGGCAGAACUUUCUUCUCAGUUAUUUUAAAGACUCUGAGUGUUAGUCCGGCCGAGGUUAAACCCGCGACCUCCCGCUCAGCAGACCGGCGCUCUCCCAACUGAGCUAACCAGCAGUGCAGUUUAAUGCACUUUGAAAUCCAGUUGCGUGAACAGCAGGUAUACUCCAUAUGUAUUCUAUUUCCUCAUGGCGUCCGAUUCAUUCUCGUUGCAGAAUUGUUUGGAUACCUUGCAUCGGAAGCAAAUUAAGGAAAGUGAAGAAAUGGAAAGUAAAACUAAAGGACUUUUGAAUGAGGUGAGAUUGCAAUUUUAUUUGAAGCAAAACACCUUUUUCUCUUGGAGGGCAGCCUUUACCCAUUGUCCGGUGGAUUUUAAUCUUCUUUUUUGCUAGCAGGAGAAGAAAGAAAUCUUGGAUCUUCUGAAAAAAAGACACGAAGCUCAAGAACAUGAGCUGAAACAAAACCUCAAGCUCGAACAAGACGUAGAAAUGGAGAAACUAAGAAAGGUAAAAAGAGGUCUAAAGGGACACAGUCAGCCAAUGCACCUGCGUAUUAGACGCCAUUUCUUAGCUGAUGUGCAUAUCACAAAAAGCUUUUUUAACCAAAUAUUAUAGGAUGAGUAAAAGAAUACUUAGGAACAGGUUUUCAGUAAAAUGUUGAAGAUCGAAUGAAGCACUGUGCAAGAUUGAAGCGGACUUCUACAUGUAUCAGACUUGUGCCUUUGAUUUCGAGUUUAGGUAAACGCUUUCCAAAGUUGCAGAAGUAGUGUCCGGGUCAGCGCGGUCCUAAAGCUCACUGUUUCUCUUGACGGUAUUUACUUUCCUGUCUUUCUAAUCAUAAUUGGCGUUGUUUGUGUUGGGCGCGGUACUUUUCCAAGUAAAUGAUCUCCCCUUCUUCUUUCACUAUCAUAGGAAGUGUCCAUCAGCAAACGCUUCGCUUUGAAAGAAGCACAAAACAAAAUGAUCCAGAAAUUGAUAAAAGACGCUAAAUUGGAUGAGGAGCAAGCAAACGCUUUAAUAUAUAGCCACUUGGCUAAUAUGGCGGCAAUUGAUAAGGCGACGGACGAGGAGAAAGCUAGGCGUGUUGUGGAACUUGAGAUGAAGUUGACAGAGAGGAAAGCGCUCGCCCGACAAAAGGUGAGUUGAAGUUAUUGCUAUAUUUGUGGAAGUAAACCUGGCCAAGAGAGGGACCCUGACAAGAGCUUCUCAAAAACCACUUUACCCGGGUCCUCUGUCGAGUCGCCGAUAAAAGUAAGUGAACUUUCUGAUUUAUUAUUUUCGCUGUUCAGAGAUCUUUACCGAUUAUUUUCAUUAUAGCAAGGAGAAGAGGAGCGGAAAAGAAGCGAUUUGAAAAAACUGGAGGAAGGUCAUUCUGACGCACUAGAAAGUCUUGUGAGGUACGUCAGUUUUCUAUUAUUAUCCCUUCUAGACAGAAAUAUAAUUCAUUGAAGUACAGACGGGUUCAGUAGUUCAGCGUACCCGUGUGCAAAGCGUUCUUCAGGUGUUUUUUUCAAGUAACUGGCGUUCUUCAGCUUUUUUUUUUUCCAAGUGACUUAAAGGCCCUGACACUAGAGUAUCACUGCUUAUAGUACUGCAAAAUUAUUAAUACUCUUUUAGCAAUUCUUGUCGACCUAAUUUUUUGGACACAUUGUUUUACCUUCUAAACCUUCUUCAGGUCAUCGACGCUUAGCACUGACGACGCUGCGCUCUACCUGAAGCGAUUCAGAAAAGAGAUGGAGUUGGUAGAGAGUAAACUUGCCAAAGACAGAAAGCGACAAGAGCAGAAACUACACCAGAAAUUAACUGCACUUAAGCAAAGGAAAAUUGAAGAGAAGGUAUUUUAAAUGAGUUUUUCCAAAUGCAGUCAGCUAGUAUGGCACACGUCCACUUGAAUGCGGACAUUUUGGAAACCUUUAGAAACAGUAUUUCCGGCUUCAACCCAGAUUCGUGUAGACGGGGCCUUACACCACUCUGGCGAACGGUUUUACAAACAGCGGUUUCGGUAAGCGGAUUCAAUGGAAUGACACGGUUAAAAACAUCCGUCUAACAUAGAAAAUUAAUUAAAAAUUCUCAAAAACUGUUUUACAUAUUUGCCGUGUGUCCUCGCGCGUUUUUUCGGCUUCGCCGCUCAGUCGUGCUUCCGACAAAACCGCCAUGCUACGCAGGCUACGCUUCAGGUAAUCAGUUCUUGGUUUUGGGACAAUCAAUUUUUCUUGGCGUUGCGAAUAGAGUAAUUCGGUGUUCUUGGGGCAAACAAACAGUGAACAAAUUACAGAGAUAAGCUGGGGCGAGAUUAUUAAUGCACUUGUACAUUAAAUUAGCCUUUUGUGUAGCCCUUCUAACCGAUAAACGGUCCCAAACAAGCGAGUUAAGAAGACAUCUGGAGCUCGUAUCAUAGCUAGAUUUAAGGAUAACUCUGAUAGCACGAUUUUGAAGUUUUUGAAGUUUCUCACUAAGGUGUUGGGUCAAGCCAUCCCAUGCAGCUCUGCAAUAAUCGAAGUAUGGCUGGAUAAGACCUUUGUACAUUUUAAUUGCAGUGUACAUUGAAACAAAUGGCCUGACCUGCACCGAUAGCAGAGGAUACUUUUUCUAGAGAUUUCAUGUAUGUGGGCCUUCCACGACAGAUUUUCAUCAAUUAUAGGCGCGAGAGAUUUGCUUUGAUCGCUUUGGUUUAUUGGGACAACGUCUACAUGAAUGUUCAUUGUGUAGUCAUUUAACGACUGUAGUUUCUGCCUCGAGCUAACUGGCGACAUUGAGACUUAUUAGCUUUGAGCCAGCGAUCAAUAUAUUUCAGGUCACUAUUGAUUUGGGAGUCAAGAUCAGGUAUAUUAGCUGCAGAAAAGGUAACAUUUGUGUCGUCAGCAUACAUUCUAGGAGAGCCCGCAUUAGAACAAUUUGGUAAGUCAUUUACACAGAUCAAGAAAAGGAGAGGACCGAUUAUUGACCCUUGAGGUACGCCACAAAUUAGAGGGCUCGGGCUAGAUUGAUGAUUAUUUACAUUACGCCUUUGCAUACGGUUAGUUAGGUAAGAUUUAAACCAUUUCAGGGCGUCUUAAUCAACGUCGUACUUAGUAAUUUUUUUUAGAAUUAUCUCGUGGUCAGAAGUGUCAAAGACCUUCUUCAAGUCAAUAAAGAUUACGCCAUUAAGAAGACCUCUAUCAAUAUUAACACACCAACUAUCGUUUGUCUCCAACAAAGCAGUAAGAGUGCUGUGUAGCGAGCGCAAACCAGACUGGCCGUUAUUUAAUAAACCAUUUUCAUUCAAAUGGUGAUGUAGUUGGUCAAAGAUAUUUUUUUCCAAAAAUUUGGCUACGGUAGGAAUAACAGAUAUAGGUCGCUAGUUGUUUAGGUCAGACUUAGAACCGUUCUUAAAAAUUGGUGUCCCUUUAGCCAAUUUCCAGUCAGAAGGGAAAAUACCAUUCACUAACGAUUGAUUAAAGAUGCCCGUUAACGAGACCACGACGACAUCGGCAGCACUCUUCAGAAGCCUGUUUAGAAUUUUGUCAAGACCAGUUGCCUUACCUACGUCGAUAGCUUUAAGUAAUUUGAUGACUUUUUGAACAUUGAUCCGUUGAAAAGAAAAUACCCCGUCAACAGGAUUAACAUAGGCAAGUGGAUCAAUUUCUAAACUAGGAAUUUCUUGAGCUAGAGAUUGGCCAAUGUUUGUAAAACGAUUGUUAAAUGCUUCAGUGAUAUCACCAGUGAGGUGAAAACUUCAGUGGUUUCGUGUUUGUUGUUAAAAAAAUAUGUGGUUUAAAAAAUAUCCGGAUUCGUGUGGAGGGGUCCAAAGCCUGCUUUGGUUUUGCAUUGCAAGCGUCGAAGCCUGCGUGCACUUGUUCACGAGUCUUUGCGCAAUUUUUAAAUUAAAAUACGCAUACGUUUAGGGAAGAUAUUGAUCUCAUCCCAUGAAUUCCUUUGAUUUAGGUACGUGAGCACCAGCGUCAGGUCGAGGAAUUUGAACAGCGACAGGCUGAAAAAUUUGAACACGUAGAGAUAGGUAAGCAGUAUAGUAGGGAUGUUCAAGGCCUUUUGUUGGGAAAUCUCAUCAACAUUCGGUGCGAAACAUUAACAUCAAUAAGGUCGUAGCCCAUAGCCUCUUGUCCUAAUCUCAUUAAUAAAAUGUUGGGCAUGAUUGUGAUCGGACUAAUAUCAAUCACAGUUUUGAAAGAUUUCCUCGCAGUGGUUUCAAGUUUACCUUUUGUUUAAGUAAAUUUGAGUUUGUAAACGAGAGCUUCGCUUUUAGCCUUGGCUAAUUCUAUAUACUAACUAAUAGGAUUGAAAAUGCUGAGUUAGUUUUCUUUAUGAUCAGGAUAUCAGUGAGCCUUUAAACCUGUGAGCCACUUCUGAGUUUUCUCACAUCCAGUGUCUAACACUUUACUCUUUUUUUACCAUAACAACUUAAUAGACAGUUAUUGUUUUGUAUGCCAUGUUUUCUUAGAUACUUUGGCUGCAGUUAAUGAAAAACAGAAGCUUUUAGUGAAACAGCGCCAAGAAAUCGAAGAAACUGAGAGAAACUCUGACAAAGAGGUAUGCCCUGAUUAUUGGCCUUGUGAGUUCAUUGUUGCAAGGUGUAUUUUUCAAGUUUAAUUUCGUGCGUCCAAUAUAUCUUAUCCCUGGCUCACACUCCGUCCAAACAUACCCAAUACACUACACUGACUCAAACACUUAAUACUCCGGCCAUGAUUUUCAGUUCUCGAAGAGACGAAAAAAUGCAUUGUUCUUGUCGAAUUUUAAUGAAACGCUUAGACAGAACUUAGGUAUGCCUGGCUAAGUUCAGUUAAUUUUUUUUUUUCUGUGAAGUGUAAAUGAAAUUGACACCCUGACAGCUUUGAAAACAACGAGAACUGAACCUCCAAAUAGACUUGUACAGUUGAACCUCUCCACAACAGCCACCUUGGGGACGAAAGAAAGUGACCGUUGUAAAGAGAAUUAAACAAGAGUCAAUGUGUGGAUAAUAAGUCCACCGGGACAAAAAAUAGUGGCCGUUUGUGGAGGUUAGACUAUAUCUAGCUGCUCUUUGAUGCUGAUGAUAUAUUGACAUUGCCAUGUAUUUUGUGCUUGAGGGGGGAGUGGGGGGAGGGGGGGAGCGCUUAACAUAACAGUUGUUUGUAAUGGUAGACUGUAUGUUCUGAAACGCGAUGUUUUGUGUCUACAGGCGGCUGAGGAACUUCAGAACCUACGCGAUCAUCACACUCAGGAGGCAAAUCAUCUUAUGAAACAAAAUUCGCAGAAAAUAUACCAAGAGCUUAUAAACAAAGGUAAGCUGGCCUUAGCUGCAGGCCUUUCUCCCUUUUUCUUGUGAAUUAUGUUUGGACUUGUUUCCCUCGUUGCAAUAGGCCUGUCGGAAUCUGAGAAGGAAGCCAUUCUCGAGCGACAUAUGGCAGACGUUGCUUUGCAGCAAGAGGCUCGGGAAGAAGAGCGUAGGCGUCAAAGAGAUUUACUGGAGGUCAGUAACUUACGGUAAAUUGCCAAGAUAAUAUGUAAUUUAAUCCACGUUCGGCACAGUAAAUACUUCACACAAGAGUUCAUCAAUUGGUUAUGAGAGAUUGAAUCCUAAAAUUUUUGUAAAUUUUGUCUUCAGUCAUGAUAUUACAAAAUAAACAUAUAUUUUGUUUUAGAGACGAUUAGAGAAGCAGCGCGCUCUAUUAGAAAAGAAGAUGAAAGAAGAGCAAGUAGAGCAAGCGGAAGUUAGGAAACAAGAAGACAAGAUUGUUGGGUAAGUGACUGGCCAAACGUGGCCAAAUUGAGAUUUGACGAGCGUUGAAAGUCCAAGAGUGUAGCAUUGGAUAUAUGAAAAACGCUGCAAAGUCAAUGAAUUCGCUUUUCAAAAAACAAACGUUUUGAUACUAUCAGGUCGAACACUAAUUCGACUGUAUUCAGUCAUUGUAGGAGCACAGGAGAAUCCCCAAGAGCGCUGUGGUGUUUUAAGCUUAACGAAUACGUUACGUUAAACUCUGGUUUUGGGCACCUCCUUCUUUUUAGACCAAACAUUCGCACUACCCUGGUUUUCUGUAUUAAUUUUGAAGUUCCGUGGUAAGUCCUUCAUGUCUCGCCUGGAUCGAUUUGUUUCUGGUCCAUCACGUGAUUUCUCCUGUUAAUGUGGCCAAUAUCAGUUUUUAUUACACCUUUUGCUGUUCAUUACGAGAAAUGAAUACGCAUUCAUUUCUGUGACACGGCGACCAACAGCGCGAAGAUACGUUCAUUAGCGCGAAAAAGCGAACAUUUGCGCAUAAAUCAGAUUCAGUAAUUAUUUUUGCAUUUUAAUCAACAUUCAAUAACAUUUUUGGGCAUUCAUUUGCGUCAUUCGGCAUACAAAAGAGAAAAAUAUACUUUCAUUAACGUCAACAUUCAAGUCAUUAACAUUAUCUUGAAAAUCAUGAGGGACAAUAGACAAACAUUUAAGUGCAAACGUUUAACAUUAACAUUUAUAUUACACUGUUUGCAAUUCAAUAGCUUUCCUGGACAGCUUUAGAAUGGAUAAGACAAACAUUAAUGCGAUUGGACAGUCAAUGUGAGCGUUCUUUACAUUUAAUAGACAAAAAUCUAUUUUCAAUUAAACAAUACCAAUUCCCCCCCAAAAUUGGCCUGAAUUUGAAGAAUCACGCCGUACUUCGCCACUGUGUGUUCGUCGACGGCUGCGGUUAUACAUUUACCCUAGUUGGCCAGAAGUCAUGGCGGGGCGCGACAGGGAGUGGUGGGCGUACCUCCAAGUGUGCGGCCAACGAGGACGAAAUUUGACUAUGACCAUGGCAAUAUCACCUAUCAAAUGUUUUUCUCGGCAGCUGCUGGAGUAAUGAAUACUGUGCCGGUUUUUCGGGGACUUUCUGGCGCGGGCGAGGAAAAAAUGGAUCCUGAUAAGUCGGUGGUCUUUGGAUAUGACGGGCUGCCAGCCCACCUAGAUUUGGUCAUUCCCGCCCCAUACGUACAAAACUUAUGCUUCCCAACUCGACAUCGUUGAACAGGAUUUAAGUUGUCUGAAAGCGACACCAAAGGCCGACAUCUCGAGUCCGGAAGUUUAAAGAUGUAUAACAGGAAUAAGAGGGCAAAGCCCUAGCAAUCCCACUACGGCGGAUUUCGGAAACAACAACUGCAGUGCUUGCUGAAGUUCUGCGCUGAAACAUGACAUUGUGACCGCAGCUAAAUGUGCUAAGGGGUACCAAGGCAAACCUACCUCCCAAAAUGUUUAAUUAGCGAGGUUUUUGAGAGAUAUACAUAUAACGGACUGCAAUUCAGGCCAAAUUUGUUUGAAUUUCUGUUGUUUAAUUGAAAAUCGAUUUUUGUAUCUUAAAUGUAAAGAACGCUCAAUUGAUUGUACAAGCGCAUUAAUGUUUGUCUUAUCCAUCCUAAGGUGGUCUAGAAGUGUUAUUGAAUUGCAAACAGUGUCAUAAAAAUGUUAAUAAAUAGUGUUUGCACUUUAAUGUAUGUCAGUUAUCCCUUUUGACUUUCAAAAUGGUGUUAAUGACUUUGAUGUUGGCGUUACUGAAAGUAUAUUUUUCUCUUUUGUAUGCCCAAUGAUGCAUAUGAAUGCCCAAAAGUGUUAUUGAAUGUUGAUUAAAAUGCAAAAAUCGUAAUUGAAUCUGAUUUAUGCGCAAAUGUUCGUAUUUUCGCGCUAAUGAAUGUAUCUUCGCACUAUUGGUCGCCGUUUCACACAAAUGAUUGCGUAUUUUCUCGUAAUGAACAGCAAAAGGUGUAUAAGGCGCGCGAUUAAGAGAAUUCAGGGUUCCUACUGGUUACCCCAGUGGAUAAAUUUGGCCUAACUUACCCGCUCGACAUUACCUGCUUUGUUCCGACACUAAAAAUGUUUUCUUGAAGAGGGCUUACAUCCGUAGUAAUAGUAUGCAUCGCUGGAGUUCCAAAAUGGUUCGGAGAUACGGCGGCAUCUUGAUACAGUGCUACGGCAUCUCAUUAUCGUGCUGCGGCAUACCAUUACCGUGGAGGAAUGGUAGGCCUAUGUUCACUAACGCAAAUAUACUGAUAUAGAUAAUCUGUAAAAACACGGAGUUCUAUUUUCAAAAUUUUGUCACCUUACUACUGCAGAGACUUAAUUGUCAAUCAAGUGGCGUUAUCAGAGGAAGAAAGAGACAGGAUUAUCCAAGAGCAUGAAAAAAAUGUUGCUGGGCUAGAAAGCAGGUACUGUAAAGUUUUAAACACAAUUUUCUGAGUUUAAAGGUAGACAUUAUGAUUUAGUAUUUACCAAAUCAGUGAAUAGCAAUUUUCGCGCGUUUUGAUUGGCUCCCGUAACUUGGAAUAACCUUGGCAAUUCACUGUUUUGCGACCAGAGCCAAGAUGGCGUCUCGUUUCGAGACAUUUUCGGAAGACGAAAUUUGUGUGAUAAAUGAAGUAGUCGUACAAGAAAAUACCAAGAAAGCGACGAACUUUGGCUUGUCUGUUCACUGGAUGGUAGAAUUUGCAACAAAAUCGUAAAAUGCACUUGACAAAAUCCCCGAAAUAUUUGUAAACUGUAAACAAAGUUCCUACUAAGUGAAGCUUUUAAUUUACAAAAACUUACUUUUCUUUCACUUUUAUCCAACUGAUUUGGUAAAUACUAAAACAACUAUCCCCCUCAGGGUCGGUCAACAGCGCUAGAUAUUUACCUCGACGCUUCGCGUCUCGGUAUAUGUACCACUGUUCACCUCCCGUUCCGGGGAUAGUUCUACAUUAAAAGCUACGUUCUGAGUUCAGAAAGUAGUCAUUACGAUGUACCUUUUUUACCCCUGCCAACGACGCACCCUCUCAGUUUAGUUUAGAAUUCUCCGCUUUUUAGUAUAGUUGCAACUUCGGUUAUCUUCAAAGUAUAGUUUUGGAAAACUUUUCUAGACUUAACUGACAUUUUAAUGAAGUCAGUUUCCAAAGUAUAUAUUUUUCAAUUCACGUUAGUCUUACGUUAAGCAAGUUACGGCAACGCCAGUUACUAGAGGAAAAACUAGCACGACGAAGGAAAGCAAAGAUGGAACAGUUAGAAAAGAGACAGAUAGAGGAAACCAAGGUACUGUGUUAUGUUUUAUGUUUUUGUUGGAUAUCAUCCAUUACUACACCCCAAAGCAAAGGAAAUAAUAUUUAAACUAUGUAAGAUAAAAUUGAAUCAUUACCAACUCAGAUACACUUACCGUUUCGUGGGUUCAGAUAGCAGCGUUUGACGCUGAUAUUUCUGGGCUAUGAAGGGUUAUUUGUCUCUUGUAGAAGACACCGGCCAUGUAAAAUAGAAUAUGAUAGUUGAAGUCAACAUAGGUAUUAAAAUUUUGAAAUAUUUAUCUCACAAAACAGAUUCCUGAAAUAAUUUGACAGUUUAAAGAAACCGACGCCUGCUUGGCGUACACCCUUAUACCCUUAUAGUGUUGAUUAUUCUUUUAUUAUUAACGACUUCAAAACAAAGCAAACAAAAAUCUGGAACACUACUCAACGAAGUUCAAACUUACACUCGAGCACGUACUGGACAGUAGUUGGCUAAAGCCUUAAAACUCACGUGAAAAUACGCGUGUAGAGGGGAGGGAGAGUGGUUGAGCUAAAGACCCUUUGUCACAUCCCGUGAGGCAUUGGGCAUUGUCUAUUUUGAUUUGAACGGACGAGCUGUGAUCACUCUAAUCUCGUUUCCAGAUCUCUUGUUGAAGAAGCCGACAAGAGAACUAGAAACGAGAUUACUUAUUUUUUUUAUUUUUCUAUUUUGCAUCACCAUAUUGUGUAAGAUUACAGGGUUAUAGUCAGUUUAAGAUAAAAUUCAUAAUACUGGCCAUAAUUUCAAUACAAGAUAUGUUAAUCUUGAAAAACAGUACAGGUUAAGUUCAACAAGAACACUUUUACAAAAUAGGUAAAAUAGGUAAUAUAUAGAGGGAUCAAAGCAGUGAGAGGUGCGGAGACCUCAGAAAGCCAAAGGCUUGUACAAGGAGGUCUCCUCAUGAUAUCAUUAUUGAUUGAAAUAAAUUAGGACUAGGCUGCAGCAUAAGAGUACACCAGACUUAAGUCAGUUUCAAAGGUACGAGAAAGAAAGUCGCGAAGACGCUUCUUAAAAUUAGCAAAAGCGGUAGAGCUUGAAACGGAUAAUGGAAGGGAAUUCCAAAUUUUUGGACCGAAGUAUAAAACAGUAAACUGUUUAAUAUUUGUUCGACAAAAGUGUGGUCUGUAAUUUGUUACAAAUCUGGUGGCAUAUGUGUGUACCUGGCAACCAGUUAUAAAUAGGUUUAGAAAAGAAGAACGAAGCAAAUGAUGAUGAAAGCAGAACAUAAAUUUAGACCAAAUAUAUGUAAAAUUUUGAGUUUGGUAAAUGAUGGAGCAGUGUGUGUAGGACUGUUAACCACAGUAUUCUAUUGGCUAAACUUGAAAAUUAUGGUAUAAGAUGGGUGAUAAAUUCCUGAUUGCAAUCAUAUUUAUCAAACCGCACGCGGAAAAUUGAGAUUGAUGGUCAUGUCCCUGAUAAUGAGGUAACCCUGUGUGGGGUUCCUCAAGGUUCUGUCCUUGCCCCCCUUUUAUUCUUAUUAUACAUUAAUGACAUCUUUAAAUCUUUCAAGGAAUUAUCCUUUCAUUUGUUUGCUGACCAUUCCACUCUUACUUACACUAAUAAAAACCUGAGUGUACUUGAAUCAACUGUUAAUCUGGAAUUUGCUAAAGUUUGUGAAUGGCUGGAAGCCAAUAAGCUGACUCUUUAUAUUAUAACAAAGUAAUAAUAAUAAAGUCUUUAUUCAUCAAAACGCAAAAAUACAUAUCUUUGUUACAAGUAAGUGUAAGAAAUUUUAAAAAGUUGAAAAGUAAGAAUUAAAAAAAAUCUAUUAUAUUGCAUAGCUAAUUCUUAGUUAAAGACUAAUCGAUUAAUAAAAGAGUUUUUAAAACGCAUAGUGUUAAUCUUAGAUUUAAAACAAGUUUCUUUCCUAAGAUUGUAACUGGACGGUUUAACACGAGGCAUAAUAGAUAAAAGUGGAUGCCUUUUAGCAUUAGAAACUUUUCUGAAAAUUUUAUGGUCUUGCCUCUCUAAGAAAUCAUAAACACCUACAGGCUUAGACGUAUAUUUCCUUUUGAAACAGCGGUCUAAGAAACAUUUUAGAGGUGUAAGAUCGGACUCAGACGCGGCGUGGAUAGAUAAUGCGUAAUUAAUAUUAGGUAGAACUAUUAUAUUAAAGAGAGGGUCUACUUCUGACUGAUUGUAACCCUCUUUGCGCAGCUUUCUAAGGAUAUGUAGGGAUUUGUUAGCGUGCACUGAAAAUUUGCUGUCACAUUGGAAGGUGCCGCCCAAAAUCUCAACUUCUUUACAGCCUGGUUUCAUCACAAUAGGUGAAUAGAGAUCGCGGUUGCCUCUCUUUUUGAUCGUCAAAUCUUUACAUUUGUUUGGGUUGCAAGACAUUCCAUUUGUAUUCGUCCAAUCUAAAACCUGUGACACCAACUGAUCGGAGUAGUCUACCUCCUUCCAUACAGGAGUAAUAACUGUCGAAACAUCAGCGUACUUAAAUAGCGCGUCAUGAUUACCUAAAGUGAUGUUAAGAUCAUUGAGAUGUUAAAAAGGUAAGGACAGCUAACGCUACCUUGAGUUGUCCCUUUGUUAACCAGUUUCCAGUCACACUCGAAGUUGUUGCAACAUACCCUUUGUUUUCUAUCCUUUAAAGAGUUCAAGUACCAUUUUUUUAAACAUGUAAGUUAUCUAAUAUAUGACAUUCCUGAGCAGUCCGUCCCAACUGACAUUCUUAGGCAAUUCACCAAAACUAGUAUGAUUCACAAUUAUAAUGCCAGAUCAUCGUCAAAUGAAUGCUUCUAUGUGAAAGAUUCCAAAACUGAGCCAAGGAAAAAAUCUUUUGCAAGUAUUGGUGUAUCGAUUUGGAACUCGAUCCCUUAUUCUGUUAAAUCUCUUAGUAAAUACAAGUUCCGAAACAAAAUUAAACAAACACUUCUUGAAACUUUAGAGCGUGAGAAUGACAAUAUUGAAGUCUCUCAAUUGAUCAAUUACUUUAUAUUUAGCAAAUUACCUUAGCCUUGGAAAGCGCAAUAGAUAUUUUUAUUUUAUUUAUUCAUUUAUCUUUGGAUGUAAAUUUUUCCAUUUAAUUUUCCUAUUUAACCUUAUUGAAUUGUUAGUCCUAUCUUAGUUUGCCGUCAUCAGUUUUGUCUUAUUUUAUUACCUUAAGUUUGUUUUCAUCUUUCCCCCGCCUCGAUUAGCCUUUUAUGCCAUUAGCGGUGGGAACGUUAUUUUUUCUGAUUUCUUAUACAUAGAGGAUAUUACAUGGCCGCGCGGAGAUACAAAAUUUCUCUUCGAGUGCUGAAAAAUAUUUCACGAGUGAGCGCAGCGAACAAGUGAAAUAUUUCUUCAACACGAGAAGAGAAAUUUCGUAUCUUCAAGCGGCCAUGUAAUGUUCUAUUUAUUAUAUAAACACCAGUGAAAUACCAAACCAUUUCACUUUAAUAGUUUUUUGGUGUGAAAGGCGCGAUUUAUUAUGUAGCCAUAGCAAAGGUGAUAUUUUCAGUUGUGAAGACAACAUGUUAUUUUCACAUGCGAAGAUAUCAAGUUUUCGCGCGAAAGCUCACCUGGUAUUUCAUUGGUGUUUAUAUAAUAAAAGGGUAUAAUAAAGGGAUAAGUUAGUGCUGAUAGACAAAAGAUAGCGUGAACUGUAAUUUUGCUAUUUUGCUACAGAUAAAAUUUAUGUGAGAUUUCCAGCAUAGAUUUUCGUGAAUAUAUACACCGAGAUGUAGAAAUUUGGUUUCCUGUUUUUGCUCAAGUUGCUUAUUGUCGAAAGAGAGAGAUAUAUUACUCGACAGUUUUUUUGUCGAGGUUUGAAUAUGAUAUGAUUGGUCUUCUUAAUAUUGACUGUUAAAUAUAUUUGCCUUCAUCCACGUAGCAAUGCUAUCGAGCUCUAUAUUCAUAACUAUCUGUACCUGGUUAAUAUCCUAAUGCCAAAAAUAAAUACUAGUAUGAUAUGCAGAAAAUAAUGUUUCCGUUUGCGCACGAGCAUAUGGAAGAUCGUUAAUAUAAGGAACAAAGACGAGGGGGCCUAAGAUAGAACCGUGCGUAACACCACAUUUGAAUUGAUGAGCCGGGGAAGCGCGUUUCUUUAAACUGGACAAACUGCUCACGUUUUGAAAAGUAGCUCCUAAUCCAUUUAAGCGCUAAGCUGCGAAGGCCAUAAUGUUCUAAAUAGAAUUUCAUGAUCCAAAGUAUCAAAUGCUUUUGACAGAUCUAGGAAAACAACGGCACUAACUUGGCCCUCAUUAAUGGCCGAAGCAACCGUAUUGAUAAGGUGAAUCAAUGACAAUGAUGUUGAAUGCUUAGCUCCAUAUCCAAACUGAAAUUUAUUCAAUAUCUCGAGACGUUCUACGUGGGAAGAUAUUCGAUUCUGCACAACAUUUUCACAGAAAAAUUCGGUAAUAGUGAAAUAGGUUCGUAAUUUUUGAAAAGAUCAGGCUCGCUAGACUUAAAGACAGCAAUGAGCUUGGUCACAUUAAGUUUAUCAGGAAAAAUACCUUUAGCUAACGAAAGAUUAAUUAUGUUUGAGAGAGGGUCGCAAAUGAGACCAAAUUAAGAUCUUUCGACGUUCCUUCUCAGCUGCUCAGGAAGAGAAUUAAACGCAUCUCAUCUCAAGGAAGAAAUGAAUGCAGUCUUAACUUUUCGGUAGUCAGUGUUCUUUUUAAUCCCAAGGAGCGGCUUUGUCGGACUAUUCAAGUUUUUUAAAAUCCAGUAACUUUGUUUGGGGCCCGUCAAGCUGCACUUCGCGUAGCAGUAAGAGUUGUCAGCCGGGGCAUUUACUCCAGCUCCUUCGAAAAAAAAACAACAACAACAACAAUUUAACGAGCAGAAGCAGGGAAAUGUUCUGUGGUUUUAGGUUGAUGUGAACAAAAAUGAAACCUUUAGCGAACCAGGACAAUGUAAGGAAUUGGUUGUUGGUUGAAGGUAAUUUACAAUGCGCUUCAUCUGUAAAUGCUGCUUGUUGUUUCUGACCAAUCAUAAACCAGUCCAUUUCGUUGUUGUAACUGAUAGUUUUAUCAUAAUUAUUUUAUGAACAACUACUGAAACCUUGAUCUUUCAUGUAAACAACAACGGCUUUUCGGGCAGUCCUUUGAAAGCAUUUAGAUGUUCUCAUAACAACGGAAAGUCAAAAUAAACAAAAGAAAAAAAGAUGUAAUCGCUCGAAUAUGAAUUGAAGAUUUGAAAGAACUGAUUCUGCAAGCAUGCAAAAGGCGAUUCAUGUCGUCACGGUGCAGAAUACGAGGAAGCAUGCCCGCAGUGCAUGGAAAGCGACAAAGGGUUUAUAAAUAUCAAUUCAAGAGUUAAAACAUCCUUCAGAGUGAAAAUCUUUGAGAUAUCAAUUGAAAAAGUUCAAACAAUAGGGAAGCGAGAGAGUUCUAUCAAUUUGUUGACGUUGUCGUCUUAGGACCGCGAUUACGAAGAUAAAAUCUUGGCAGAAGGUGAAGAUAUCGAGAUGAUGAAGAAACACGAACAAGAAAAAAUGGCAGCAAUGACAGAUGAUGAGGUACAUGUCGGAGAUGAUAUGGAAGCGGUAAGUACUUCUCCUUGAGUUAGUUUCUUAAAUAACUAAAGCCUACCUUGACAUUUAAAAAAGGAGAGCAACACAUUGAUGUGAGAGCACGUCUUGUCGUUUCGGUGUUAUAUUAUGUGGCUCAUUGCUUGAAACUUAACUUGUCUCAGUUUCACCUCGUUUUAAUUCCUCCACCUCUACCUUUCCGACCAUGAAAAGAUUGAAGGUUUUUUAAUGUUACGUUAAGUUGGAACAGGACAAAUCAGGCUACUUUCUUAGAAAAAGUAAGAGCUUUCGCUUCUAUCGCGGAAACGUUAUCAACUGACAUUAAGAGAGUAUCGACAUCUGGUUUGGGUGAUCAACUCAGGGACACUGGACAUUGCCUUGAUUUUUCCUCUUCCUGGACCAUCACAAUGGAAGCCGAUAACACUCUCAAGAGGCGAAUAAGAGAAGGCAUCGAAACACCUGCCAGUCCUCAACACUGAUUCGAACUUCUGGUACUGGGACGUUUUGUCACGUGGUUCUCUCCAUCCUAAAUCUCGGGACUAAACGUCAAAUUCUACCACCUGAGAAAGAUAUCGACUUCGCGACUCAAACUUAGGUGUCUAAGUCUUCAAUCGAAAUGUAGUUGGUGAGUGUUUUGUGACAUCCUCGACAGUAAACAGUAAAAUAGCCUUUUUUCGGUUACUUAAAAACUCGAUUCUUCAAAACCCCGACCCCUCUAUGUCAUCACCAGGAAUUACAAAAACUACCACCCAGAGGCACUCCAUGGUGACUUGUCGCGCGUCUCUUUUCGUGUGGCCAAUAUCUUUGAGGAUUUUGAUGAACGAGUUUGCAUGUUGAAUGGUUUAUUUUUGGACAUGCUCAGUAACAAUGCGCCUAUGUACCUCCUAUCAUUCCAGAGAUUUAAAAACAAAAUGAAAACCUGCGACAGCUGGUAUGAAUUAGAACUUUGAUUAAAGGAUGACGUUCACUGAAAUACGUACCAUUUCUUACAGCCUGUGUAGCAAGCGUUUCCGUGCGGUUUUCUAGCAAAGAACGAGGAACGAGAGUCAAAGACCGUGCCAAAAAUGGUGCGAGUAAAAGAGCGGGGAGGGGUGGGGAAGAAAGGUAAGGAAACUCUUGCAGAAAAACAACAGGAUUUUGAAAACCGCCCACUUGGGCUGUCAUGCCUGAGUGCGCACACGGACAUUGAUGCUGUCAUCAGCUGUCAUAAAUUGACCAAUAAAACGUUUGGCCUUCCGUGGAGCGGAAGUGAACUUUCGGGGACGAAUAAAUUCUCUUUGUAUUUCGGAAGCAACGCUUGGACGGCGGGGAUGGAGAAAUCUCAGUGAAUCCGAAGUAUCAAUGCAGGGUUUGUAAUUGCAGCUUCGAAGUUAAAUUUAUCUUUUUAAUCCUUCUAAAAGGAAGGACUGCAAGGGUGAAGUUUUGAAGUCUUAGCUCAAAACCUCCAGAAAGUUGGAUUCAAGGUGGUAAAAUGUGACAAGCAGGGUAUCUGCACAAGGUCAAAGAAAUGCGGGAAAUUCGGAUCGCAGAAAAAGAGCAUGUACGCACCGAAUUGAAGUUGCAAUGACAACAUGAAUUCUAUUUGGAAAAUUAUAAAUGUUUUCCUCCCUGUGCGUUAUUUGUAGGUUCGCGAAGAAAUGCUCGCAGAGAGAUCAAAAAAACUUCAGGAACACCAUGAAAAGCUGGGUGCAAUAAUAGCUCAACUUCAAAUCGAGAAGGCGAAGCAGGUAAACUUGGCGUUGUUUAUUUAUUCUACCUCAAUCAAAAUUGCGGAUUUAUUGUGGAUUCCUCUUUUAUUAACUAACUUAGGACGUGCAGGCCAUUGGAGGCCACCAUGUUCACCGGAUCCCCCGUGUGAGAUUCAUCCUCGGAGACCUAGGGGCAGAUAGUGGGGGCGAGGGAAAGUCUAAACGGGCGGGAAAAUAUAAAAAAAAAUAUUAAAAAAAUAUAUUUAUAUAGCGCCUAUACUUUUCAGUGCUAAGCGCUUGAAAAUAUGGCACGAAGAAAAGAAAAGAACGGCGAGAAGAGCCCCUGGGGACAAUGUCUUACCAGACCAGUUCCAAACUGUCGCCGUCGUUCUGGCUUCUGAUUGGUGCCAGAAAACUUUUGUGUUUUUCUGCCCAAUCAGAAGGCAGAACGGCGGCGACCGUUUGAAACUGGUCUGGUAAGACAUUGUCCCCAGGGGCUCUUCUCGCCGUUCUUUACUUUUCUUCGUGCCAUAUUUUCCCGCCCGUUUAGACUUUCUCUCGCCCCCACUAUCUGCCCCUGGGUCUCCGAGGAUGUGUGAGAUUGAUUGAUUUCUACAAAAUAGCUCCUAAGCUCUUAAGUUCAUAAGAGAAACUUUGAAAUACCGUAGGUGGUGGUGUUUAUACGCGCAUUUGAUCAUAUGCAUACCCGAAUUUGCUCGUUAGAGGUAACAAAAUUAUUAUUGUACAUAAAGAAGCACUUUACUGGAGUGUCAAUGUAUUUGGCACGAACGUACUUAUUGAGGACACUAUUUGGUUCAGCCCUGGGAACUGAACCCACCACCUCCCGCUCUGAAGUCAAGCGCUCUAUCGACUCAGCUAAUCCUGUGCGGGAAAGAAAACCUAUGCAGCUUUUCUCGUGUCUCAUUCUUUGUGUUCAUCUAAACUACCAACGUGGCUACAACAUUAUGCUGAAAAUAACCUUUCGCGAGAAGACUAGUAAUUUGCUUUUGUUCAUUAAACCGUGUGAUUACUUGUCACGUGGAGAAGUGCAUUCCAUAUUUGACUAGGUACCUGAUCCGUAGUGGGUUUUAUAUCAGAUUGAUGUAUUGCUGGUUUUCAGUGUCACGCCAUUCAAAAUAGAUGAAAAUAAAAAUCAAAACCGUUCAAUAGAUGAAGUCCAGAAUCUGGGAAAUGAAAGGAGGUACAUAUACAAAGACCCUCGCCAAGAUUCAGUUCAGAGGAAUAUUUCGUUUACGAGAUAUCCGAAGUAAGGUUUUACCCAAACUUAUAGAGAUUUGUAUGGAGACGCCAUGCUGGUGCUCACCUGGAUGAGCUCCAACAUGGCGGACGGAAACCAACAGAAACAUCUGUUACCGAGUUUUGCUACAAAAGCGUGAUUUUUUUCUUCGAGAAACUCAUAAACAUUAAAGUAACACUUUUUCUAAUACGUGGACUGUUUAGAUAGCAACAUUUCCUCAAAAAAGUCAUUUUUUUAACCUACAUAACACCUCUCUUGACCGUCAUGUAAAUGCCGCGUCACGCGAAAGCUUAGAAAUUCAAGCGUACUCUAUCACAAAACCAAGAACUCUUUUGAGGCGAAACUUUGUGUGAAAAUUAGUUUUCAGCUGCUCUAAUGCGUCGUGAAGGAAAAAUCUCGGCAGGAUCGAUAGUUUUUUAGUUUGAAUUUUAGUGACGUCAUGUGAAAACCAACAAUACAUUACGUGACUGUUUUAGUCAUCAAUUGUACUUUGUAAUCAUAUUGCAUUGAAAUAGCAUCUCCACGGUUAAGACAAAUUGUUUGGGAACUUCAUUGAUUCUUCCUGUCUCCCACUUCACUCCCACUGAAGUGCGAGAUUCCAGAAAAACAAAACACUAACAAAAUGGUAUAGUAUAUUCCUUGCUUGUUGAAACUGUAAAUCAAUUUUCCAUAAUCCCGUUCGUCUCACUCCACUUUCUAAAUGUGAUUUUACUCUGAAUUGUAAUCGCUGAAUAAACAGAUGUCCAAGAUUGCUAUGCAGCAAGAAGCGCUUGGCCAGCUACAAGCAGGUCUUAUUGAUGAGCUAGAGGCCAAAGGAACAUUUCAGAACCCUGAGACGCAAAAGAUCAUGGACAAAUAUCAAAAGGUAACAAUACUUGCAAAUAAAAAGAUUAUCCUUUCUGCGUGUUAUGGCCGUUUUAUAAUGUUUAAAGUCUGUGUGGUGUACGUUGAAUACCGAAAUGUCGCAUGUCAGAUGGUUCGGGAAUCUGGGGAACUGACGCCACUUGUUAGGUCGAGGUCGAGAAAAAGCUAGGAAGCUUAGAGCAAAUAUCGCUAUAUAUCGCUUAUUUGAUCGAAUGUGUGUUAGCUUUGGUGUUGCCAUAAUCUGCUUGUGUAAACCGUUUUGAUAUUUAGUGCCCGUGAUUGUAUAAUUUUUUAAAUUUGUUUUGCGGGCCGUGUUGCGGGAUCGCCAUCUAUUUCACGGGACCGGCAAGGUCAUCAAAACUGACAUCUUUUUUUCCCUAAAAUAGGCAAGGUCCACUCUCCAGAACAGGAGGUUCCAUUCACAGAUCACACAUGUUUAUAUUUCAUCUAUUCUUUUGCUUAUUAAACGGGCCUAACUUCAUACCCUUCCUUUCGAGUGUGGACCUCUGUUGAUCUCCUAAUUCUCCUUCAAAUUCAGUAAAGCUAGUUCGAUCGAUUAUCUACAUCGAGUCGGCCCGUUGAACCCGAAAUAAUGCGAAAUAGCUUUGAAAUACGCGCUUAAGCUAAUUUUCCUCAAUGUAUAUUUGAAUUCAUGAUAUAUACAGCUCCAACAGCUUCAAACAGCGUCAAUGGCAGAGAAAAAUUGUUUUGACAUGACAAAAUUAAUUUUUCAAAUCGUGUGUCACUGUGGUGCAGUGGUCAAGGAGUUGCUUGAACGUGCAGAUAAACCGGGUUCGACUCCCUCCAACGCUGUUUUCUGUUUCUUUGUACCGUUUUUUUCCCUGUUUAGUCUCUUUUUUAGCACUCUUUUUCCUUUUGGCCUUUUUUUUCUUUGUUCUUAGUGCUGACCCUGCUGGUCAUGCACUCAGAUCAAUAUAUAUUUUAAGCUUAAGUCCGGAGUUUUAUUUUGGAAAAGGGAUUUCUUAUUUUUUGUCCCAAAAAGUGGACUCUAUAAAUGCGGUGCAGUGUUCUUAAACCGUUUUAUGCGCUACUGGAGUCGAGUUGAGUGGGGUUAGGGUCUGCCUCUAAUAUCCUUGUGCCGCCUUGGUGAGUGGAUGCGUCGAAACGUAGGAUACAUCAAGAUCACUUUUGAGGGAAUCGAUAACUUUCUUUUUCAUGGAAUUUGAACAACUUUCUUGUGGUCUUAAACUGCUCAUGAGGUUUCAUUCUGUGAUCAUACACUUUUCAUUUUACAGGAUACCAAAGCCCUUGAAGAAAACUUGCAAUUACAAAAAGAUAAACAGGAAAAGGUAAGCAGUUAGUCAAUGGGUAAUUCUUAUAAAUACAGAACAAAUAAGUGCGCUAGAGAUGGGUAAAGCUAGAAAAGGUCAAUAGUUGAAUUUUGUUGGGGUUAAAAUCUAAAAACGUUGGUCCCAUUUUUUAAUUGCUAGUUUAUCUUUAUCCCUGGGAAACUUUCUGGUUCAUUUUGUGCGUAAGAAUCACCUUAAGUACCGCAAACCACCUCGGCCCUAGCUAGUGACAAUCAUUAUAGGUAGUGUACUUAGGGAGCCUGCUAUUGUGAUAAAAUAUUAACAAAAUGAAUACUGUUUUAAAACCUUGACCUUUCUUUUGAAAAUCUCACCACUUCCUCUUCAGGCUUUGAGAGAUCGCCUUCAAGAAAGGAUGAGGCAGCGAGAGGAAACACUUAUUUUGCAGCAAAAGGUGAAAAAAAUAGUAAUAAUAAUAAUAAAGAUAAUAGUAAUCCUAUUUUAAGAAAUAUCGGGAAGUACUCGACUCCCAUCAAUUUGGCCCGGGUUCAGCUCAAAGAGGCGGCGCCACAUGUGAGUUGAGUGAUUUUUUUUCGUUAGUUCUCGUCGUUGUUAGUAGCAAUGAUAAUGAUGAUGGUGAUACAGGAAAUACUUGAAUCGCAGAACCUCGCGAGGAAAGGGAAGACGCCUUUACGGAAAAAAACCCAAAUUAAGAGCGACGGUCAGGAAAAAUCGACCAAAAUCUUAAUUUCGUGGCAAGAGUUGAAAAAUCAGUUUCUUUCAUUUUUUGUUCAUAGAUAGCUUUUAGGUAGAUAAGAAACCUAAAGCAGAUUGUUCCUGCCGAAAGCUUUUUAUUUGUGAGAAAAAUUAGAAGAUCGGUUUUCGAUGUCGGAGUCUCAGACUGCCCUAGUUUUUAACCUGAAAUUCGCUAACAUAAACUUUCCUCGCGUUCGCAAACGAAGCCGCAUGGAGAAAUUUGGACCCUUUCCAUGAACAGAAAAAUUCUUUUUCUUCCACUAAAAGAUACUUUCAGGGCAAUAGCGAAGCUCGUCAUACUGAAAUAAUUCAAAAAUGAGGGAUAGGUUUUCAGGAUAACAAAAACUUAAGUUCAUGAUAUAUGAAGUAAAUCAUAUAUGAACUGCGGAAAUGAAAUGAAAAUGAAGAAAUUAUCGUCAAUUGCGUAAAGAAGCCUGAAAAAAAAAUUCAGGAAUUCAACGGGGUUUGAACCCGUGACCCGUUUUCAGGCUUCUUUACGCAAUUGCAUAAAUUGCGUUCACUGCGACGAUCAUUUCUUCAUUUUCAUUUCAUUUCCGCAGUUCAUAUAUGAUUUAUUUCAUAUACCAUUAACACUCAUUUCUUUCACGGGAACAUAUGAACCCACAAUUGACCUGCUCCCAAUGUCAGUGGCUUCAUAGCUCAGUUGGUAGAGCAUCGCACCGGUAUCGCGAGGUCACGGGUUCAAACCCCGUUGAAGUCCUGAAUUUUUUUCAGGCUUCUUUACGCAAUUGCAUAAAUUGCGUUCACUGCGACGAUCAUUUCUUCAUUUUCAAAAACUUUAUUUCGUUACUCAUUUUCGAACGGCAAUAUUUAACAUGUGGUAUAACUCCAAAUUCUCUUAAUGCUAUUUAAAUCACACAUUUAGACAUUCAUUUAAAACAUACCUGGGAAUUGGCUUGGGUUAUUGAAUGUAAUCUCCGUAAGACACCAUCGAAGUUCAGGAAUUUUUAUGGUAGGCCGGCAGUAAUUGCGUAAACACUUCCAAUUUCGAAACGCACAAAAGUAGACAUUUACAGCCUAAAGGCUCGUUUUUUUGUACUUCUUGUAGGUUUUCGCAUUGCAAAAUUUCUUUUUCCAAUCAAAGAGUGGGGGUAAAAAGGUGAAACUGGGUGAAUUUUAGCCAUUUUGAAACACUGAACCCUAUCAGACGGCGACUCUGCGUGACAAUCUGUUCCGUGACUGCGCGUGACAUAAUGUAUGUUUGAAGAGACGGAGCCGUUAAAAUGACAGUCACGGAAUCAUGGUAGUAACGCAACGCAAGUCUUGAAAGAGUAACAUUUUCGAUCUCGAUAGUAUUUUGAAGAAGAAAAAGUCAAACGCGCUUUUUCUGGUACUCACUUUUUAUCGAAAAAUAUGGACUUUAACAAUGGUAAUUCCCUAAGGAUGACGGAACAGGAAGAUAUUUCGUCUUGUUACUUUACGAUCCAGGAAACUUGGAGCCGUGAAAUAAGUUAUUUUGGUCACGCUUCAAUAUUUUUACCGGACUUCGAUGCUUUCGUUUGGAGGCUGCCUAAAGGAACCCAAGUCAAUUGUCAGGUAUUGCUUUAGAUGAAUGUCAAAAUGUGUGAAUAAACGAGGACCGGGAAAAUUUGGAGCUAUACCACAUGAAGAGAAAUGCCGGAGAAAACAACUACUAAAUUAAAGUUUUUGUCACCGUAAAAACCUGUUCUUCGUUUCUGAAUUAUGUUAGUUCAAAGAGUCUUGAUAUUGCUUUGAAAGUAUCUUCUAGUGAAAGAAGAAGAGUUGUUCUAUAGAGGGAAAGUGUCCAAAUUUCUCCUUGCGGCUUUAUUUGCGAACGCGAGGAGAGUCGAUGUUAGCAAUUUCGGGUGAAAAUACGGCCAUUUUGAGACUCCGACCACGAAAACUGAUAUUCUUGCUUUUCUCGAAAAUAAAAGGCUUUUUGCGAGAACAACUUACAUCAGAUUACUUAUCUACCUAAAAGCUAUUUAUGGACAAAAAAUGAAGGAAAGCGAUUUUUCAACUCUUGCCACUCGAUGGUCGAUAUUUCCUGGCCGUUGCUCUUAACCAAACAAAACAAAACUACAAUAACAACAAGAAGAAGAAGAGAAGAGAAAAAAAAAGAAAAAAAGAAGAAGAAGAAGGAUCUCUUUCGAGAAUCGAAUUCGGCACAUCCAGUUCGCUGUGACAAUUCCUUACAUGAUAAUAUUAAAAUGAUAGUGAUGGGAUAACGAUAAUGAUUAUAAAAUGAUAAUGAUAACGAUAAUGAUAAUGAUAGUGAGAAUGACAAUGAUGAUAAUGAUGAUGAUAAUGGUUUAUAAGCAAAUCCAAACAAUAUUGGCUCUUCUUUGGUAAGUUGACGACUACAAAAAACUAACUACAGUACUAAUUGCUGUCUUCUCCCAGAGGCUUGUCUUCGGUUACUCCGGUUUUCUUCCAGGAGCCAUAAUCGGGGUAGGAGACGAUAACUGGAUACCCUCUCCAGUAUUGGGGUUGGUUCCAUCGAAAUAGCCAAAUGUGCUAUUUUUAGCCCAAAUUACGCCAUCUCGUGCGACACGCGUGCCCAAUUUUUGCGAGGACGCCGCGCAGUUAAUACACAAACAAAAUGGUGUCAGAAAUUACCUUCGUACGAGAUAAAUAAAUUGAAUUUGUCGUCAUUGCCUCCUGUGGAUUUGAGGCCAGACCAUUAGGAUAACCAUUUUGACAUGAACUCUGAAUAUUAGGACUGUGAAUGACAAAUCCGGAAGUGUCGUGCGAUGAAUGUCCCGUACGGACGAAAUGAGAAAGAAAACUUGCGAGCAAAAGCAUGGCGGAAAAUGAACGACAACGACUAAUAAUUAUGUCUAAUUUUCCUCUAAUAAAUAUAGGAAUUCAUGAUUUAUACGGCUCCACCGGAUUUCAAACAGCGUCUACCCGCAGAAUUUCACAGGAAAAUACUUGAAAUGUACUAAAUUUUCCAAUUAACGUUAUCUUCGGCAGCGGGCAACUGUGGUCUAGGAGCCGACCUUUCGUGAAGAUGGUCCAGGUUCGACUGUCGGCUUAGCUGUUUAUUUUCUCUGUUGCAUAUAUUUUUUUUUGAUUUUGCUUUGUUCUGGUUUGUUUUUUAAUCAUAGUUUUCCCCUUUGGCUUGUUUCUCUUUACUCCUACUGCUGUUCCAAUACAGCUCCUCGAGGUUUUUGCGAAAAACGUAUUUCUGUUCUAAUGUUUAUAUAACAUUGGCUCAUUCUUCCACUGUGCGUGCAUUGUAUAUCGAGAUAUUAAGCACUUGGAAAUUUAAGAGAUCACUCAAACGCUGGAAUUCCAAACGAGAGCCGCGCAAAUUUGCCGGUUCUCACGCGAGGUUUUGACGUCGAGGGUGGCGUAGUUUGUUCUGAAAAUACGCCACUUCUACAUUUCCCAUAAGGCACCUUAUUUGCCCUACCCGCCCCCCCCCCCCCCCCCCCCCCCCCCCCCUCCUCCCCCCCCCAAAACAAAAUGCAUAACCCUUGUCUUUCAUUCCCCCUGGGUAUUACAGUCGUCCCAAGGGAAAUUGAAAACAAUUCUUAUGCAUUUUUUUUUUUUUUUUUUUAAAAAUAAGGUGAGUUAUGGGAAAUGUGGAAGUGGCGUACAGCACAUUUGGUUAUUUCGAUGGAACCGCGUGGACCCUGCGCUUGCAGUCUCCUACCCCCAUUAUGGCUCCUGUUUUCUUCUCUAUACCUGGAAGGCAGAAGCACUUUCACCUAGUACUUAAGAGCUUCAAGGGUUAAAAAAAAAACAACAACAUAAUAUUUUACUUGAAGAACCGCUUUUUAUUGGGGGUUUUCCAAAAAGCCACAAAGGAAAUUAAUAACGUUAAUGUGUGUGAAUUUGCUUGAUUUGUUUGCUUAGGAUGAGAUAUCGAGAUACCUUAGCAGCAUGGAACCGAGUAACACGGCUAUGAAGUUGAGAAAGGCAGCUGUAAAAGCUAGACACCAAAACGAAUUAAAUGAUCUUAGAAACCGGAUGCAGAAGGAAAUUGACCAAUCAAUUAACGACCUGAAGAUGGCGUCUGACGUUCGAAGAAUGCAAGCAAUAGAGUCCCAGGUACAGUUAUAUCGUUUUAAUUGGCCGUUUCAUGGGAUUUUUUUUUAUUUUCCACACUGUAUUUCAUUGCCUUUCAGUACUUAUGAAUUGCUUCCAGACGGUUAACAACAAUAAACUGAGGAACGAGGCAAGCAGUCCAUCCAAAUUUUCGAACAUCUAAAUAGUAUCCAUUUCUUCCUUAGAUAUUUCUAAACUGUCAACAUUAUUUUUUAUUGCACUUGAUAAGGAAGAAUCCUUUGGAUUUUCGAAGGUAGAAAAAUAGAUGACAUUGACGCUUCAAAACUGCUCUUUGACUGUCACACUAGUUGCAUAUUAAAAAAGCGAAAAAAUAAUGUUCGGUCCACCUUUGGAGAAACAUUCAAUAGUUGUCUUCAGUUAAACAUUACCUUCACCUUUUUAGCUGUUAGACAUUACUCUUCACACGGACUGUUGUGGUGCGUAUUUGUUGGUAAUCAUAUGAGGUAGUUAGUAUACGUGUACAGAUAUUAAAGAGGACCCCUGUGGACAAAGCCGUUGGUGUGGCUUGGUUUGGAAUUUUGUCAAUAAUAGUCUAGCGUCGCUCUUCUCUUCUACCUGUCUCGGUAGAAGAAAAAGUAAAAUAUGACAUUUUUCCUCUUUUUUUUCCUUUAGAACAUGAAAUUGAUUUCGAUUUUAAUCCAGCAAGACAAACUUCAAGAAGAAGAACUGCAGGGGGUCUUAACCUUUCUUUUCCCCACAAAGUAAGUUCGGUUCGGUUGCACGUUCGGUUAAAGUGCGCCAAAUUUGUCCAUUUCAAGCAGCUUUUGGUCAGAAGGCCGUGUAGAUAGUUCCCUAAGUCGAGUGAAACGACGACGUAAUUUUAGGCUUUGUUCUUCGCUCCGUCCAGCUUUGUUGUAGCUUCUGCCUUACCUCCUUUUCCAUCGGUCUCUUCCUAUUGUACUCUUAGAUAAACUGUUGACUCGCCAAAGACUCGUCUGCGUAAGGAAUUACAACAUCUUCAUCAUCAGCCUCUUCGCUCUCACGCGUAGUUGGGUCAUAAUAUUUGACUUCUUCGUGGACGUUUUGCUGCAUAUUUGGUAUAAACCCAGGAAUAAAGUGAAAUUCCAUUCAGAGUCGUCAUAAUCGACACUUGACAAACUUUCCGAGUGAGACAUUUUAUUUAGACGGGGAGAGGGCCGUUCAACGGAGACUAAGCAACGAGAACGGCAAAAAGCAAUAAGUUUGGAUUGGCAAAACAAUAGUUUUGCACGUGCAUCACACUUUUUUGCACAUUUCUUAGCUGUUGUAUUUGUUGCACGACCACGACGUGAACACUCCAGAGAAAUUCACCUACAUUGAACGACAUGGAAUAGGAGCGAUCAAUAUUGAAACAGCGUGGAUUCACUUUUUAAGAGACGUUUUCGUCCCCGUCGUCGUCGUCGUCGUCGUCGUUUCUUAAGCUCACAAAUAAGACCCAUACGACGUGGAACUCUGACAUGCGUGCUAGGCAUAUUUGGGAGAACACUGCCUCAAAAUAUGUCGCUCGCCCCAGGCCCAAAAUGUCACGGCUAUAGUAUCAAUUCUACAUUUUUAAAAAUCUGCAGAAAAUGAGAUUUAUCCAAAAGCUAGCCUGCGAGCAAUCUCUUCGGGGCGCCCUGGCGGCGGGGAGGGAAAAGGAAGGAGAGCUUAAAAUUACGUCUAUAGAAUUUGAAUUCCACCUCCAAUUCCCCUGUGAACCCCCGUAGACUGAGCUGUCCGGUUUUCCGCCAAGCAGCGCGAAGCGGAAACAAGGGCGAAGGUAAACAAACAUUGAAAAAGACGUGCCACGGGUAAUGACGUCAUUACUAAUGUCAUCUCCCCAAUGAGCAUUUCGCAUCGACUUUUAGAGAGACGUAGUAGCAGCAUGGUACGGUAUUUACGUUUUUGUAUCAGAAAUAAUACUAGUUAUAGUUCAACAAUUUGCGCGAAAAUACCGUACGCGCACUUUCUAAGACUAAAUAACACACUUGAUGGCGUAAAUUAUUCCCCUAGUAAUGAAUAUCCUGUUUCUUGUAUAUUUGCAGGUCUUCUAGUGAAAUUGACGAACUUUUGUCUGAAAUAUACGGGCCAAACCACAAUAGAGGACACGCCUUGAUUGUGCAAUGAUAGAAAUAUGAUUUUAAGCCUGAUGAAUACAUGAGAAAGAUGAUUAUUCAGUAGGUUACACAGGCAGCUAUCCAAGUACUCCCAAGAGGAGUUGAACCUCUGACCGUUUCUUCCGAGUCGCCUUACAGUACUCUCUCCAAAGUGGAGUCUUUAUCAGAAUAGUAGACGUUAUUCGAACAUGCAGCGACUAUAUAUUGUAGUUUGAUAAAACUACUGAUUUAAGAGUAGACGGCAGACUUUGCUUUGCAGGUGCUUUCUUACUGUGCAUCUAUCACGCUUUCUAAAGUCAUCAACGUUUUUUGUGUCUGUUUUUCCAAGUCAUCUAUGUGUAGAUGACUUGGAAACAUUUAGAAAUUAUUGUAUGAGGCUGAGUAUGAUCUAAAGAAUUAUGGAAGUCGAUCGGCCUCGACGGUGGAUAACACUGUACGAGGUCUCUGGGUAUUCAAUCUCAGGCGCGAGAAGUUCUAUUCGAAGCCCGCUUCACGCAACAAAACACUACAGCCAUUUUUCCGUAAGCUCACAAAACUCUUCAUUCGACUUGUUCCAGUCACCCAAGCGGGCGUACGCUUGGCCCUUACAAACAACAAAGAAGUUCAGUUUCAUCGCGUGUCCAGUCUUUCCAUAAUUCUUCCCGUCAUACGAAAGCCGAAUCAAAUAGUUUUUUUUAUAAUCUAUUCAAAAUAAUCCUCAGUUGGGAGUACGGCAACGAAGGAGAAGGAGAAGGUUACGCCCUUCUCAAGCCUGAAGCUUCACAGCGAAUGGAGUUUCCUUCGACACGGUCCCCAGCCAACUAAACCGCAAGCUACGCGCACAAAGACGAGGUCGUCUGGUCGAAAAGUGCCAAAAUUUAAGACUGGGGCGUAUGUAGACCGUGUUGUUCACAGUGGUCGAAACGUAUUUGGUGUUUCGCUUUAGGUUUUGCUUCGAACCAUUUUCGUGUCAUUAGAUAGUUGCAGGAAACCUUGUCUUAGAAUAUCUUUAACAUAAAACGAAGUUUUCUUCUUUCUUAGCUCAAAAUUUUAAAGCUGGUUGGCACUGAUAAUAGCAGUUGUAGCUACGGUUAAACAAGCCUGCGGUUUAUAAGCAAGAUGACAGUAGUACAUAUGGCUACUUGGGGUCCUAACCAAUCAGAGCGCAGCAAAUUUGGUCUCGACCAAUCAGCAUCGCGCAUUUCGCCCAUGUGACUUAUUGACGUCACAACCCAUUGUUUUAAACCACGUGACCCCAUAGGAAUAAAGAACACGCACACACAAGAGUUGAAUCU